AUGGGCAAAUUUUGGGGUAUGACAAGUCUACACAAUAUUCUGCAGCAUAUAGUGCCUAACCUUUUGAAUCAAGAUGAGUUUGUUUGGUGGCCCUCGACAUCAUGUUUUUCUGUUAAAUCGGCUUUCGAUAGGUUGUCGAUUGGAUGGGAUCAGGCCUUAACUUUAAGCGUGGAAAAGCUGGCAGCCCUCAAACUCAUUUGGAAAUCAAAGACGCCGUCGAAUAUACAAUUGUUUGGUUGGAGGUUGUUUCACAAUCGACUACAAACAAGGGAUGAGUUGGCAAAGAGAUGUGUUUUAUCAGGUGCCCUUAACUUGGCUUGCCCAUUAUGUUUGGGUUUUGAAGAAACACAUACUCAUCUUUUUUUAUCUUGUCGUGUUGCCGCCGAGGUUUGGAAAUUCAUCAUGGAAUGGGUAGGAGUAAACUUGAAUCCUACCAUUCUUUCCAUUCCGGAGCAUUUUUUACGGUUUCAUUCGGGAGUAUGUAGGCGGGAUAGAAAUAAUCUUUGUAGUAUAAUUAUUUGGUUGUCGGUUGUUCGGGCUAUUUGGUUAGUAAGAAACAAUAUAGUGUUUAACGGAAGGGGGAAGGGCAGCCGAGAGAUCUUUUUCAUGGCAAAAUUGUUGACUUGGGAUUGGUUUUAUGCCGCUUUUUCGGGUGAGCUUCAAUUAUCUGUUACAUCUUGGAUGGCUAAUCCUUUACAGGUUCUGUUGUAA